AAAUCAAAUCAGUUCGACUUGAUUACUCAAAACAUAAUGAAGUUCAGCAUCGUUUUCCUGCUUCUGGCCUGCGUGUUCGCCGUGGCUUUGGCCACUCCCGGCAAGCCACGCCCCUACAGCCCACGCCCCACCUCCCAUCCCCGCCCCAUUCGAGUGAGGCGCGAGGCAUUCACCGUCGAGGAUCACCUGGCUCAAGCUGCUAUAAGGCCUCCUCCCAUUCUGCCCGCCUAAAGAUGUGGACCCCAAGGAAAAACCCAAAAUGAACAUCCGAUCAAAAAUUGUAUUGAUGUCUUCAAAAUUUAAAAAUAUUUCUUAUCUCUGUUAAACAAUUAAUAAUAAAUACAACAAAUACAGCAGCAAAA